UAGAACGCGCUGCUGCAGAGUGUGAGAUCACAGCAGGCUUCGCCCACGUUCCUGUACCUCGCCGGCCAACACUCUCCCUCCACCCAUCGCCCCUCAACGCUCUCCAUGGGGUGGGCCAAUUGCCACUAGCAUGGAUCCCAGCCCCAUCCUGGAGGAGUUCCUCAUCAAACGCUCUCAGCAGAAGCGACGCACCUCUCCUUCCAACUACAAAGAGCGGUACUUCAUCCUCACCACCUCCCGCCUCGCCUACUAUGAGUGUCGCCCUGGGAAGAAGUACGUGCUGAAGGGAUCGAUCGAGGUGUCGAGGAUCAAGUGCGUGGAGAUCGUGCUGACUGACAUGAGUCUGCCGUGUAACUACAAAUAUCCCUUCCAGGUUUUUCAUGAGAAUUAUUAUCUGUACGUGUUUGCCCCGAACAAAGAGAGUCGACAUAAGUGGGUGACAGCGCUGAAGGAAGAGUCCAAGAACAACAACAUCCUGACCAACAAGUUUCACCCCAACUUCUGGGCCGAUGGCCACUGGCUCUGCUGUGCUCAGCUCGACAAGCUGGCCAUGGGCUGCCAGUUCUACGACCCCAACCGUGACUCUAAGAAACCGCUUCCACCCACUCCGGUACAGAACAAGCCGAAGCCCCUCCCCCCAGAGCCGGCAGAGCUGGAACCUGUGGUGGUGGCGCUGUACGACUUCCAGGGUCAGACCGCGCGCGACCUGUCGUUGGUCAGGAACGAGGAGUACGUCAUCGUCGGCAAGGUCGACGCCAACUGGUGGCAGGCACGGGACAGGCACGGACUGACGGGCUACGUUCCCAGCAGCUACGUGGUGGAGAAGAGUGCUGACAAUCUGCAGGCCUACGAGUGGUACAACAAGAACAUCACUCGUCACAAAGCGGAGCAGCUGCUGCAGAAGGAGGAUAGACAAGGAGCGUUCAUGGUGCGGGACUCCAGGCAGGCCGGUACCUACACCGUCUCCGUCUUCGCCAAAGCCAGCAGUGAGUAUGGAGCCAUGGUCAAACAUUACCACAUCAGGGAAUUCAUGGACCUCCACAAACGCUACUACCUGGCAGAGAAACACAUCUUCGACUCCAUUCCAGAGCUCAUCACCUACCACCAACACAACGCAGCUGGUCUGGUCACUCGUCUGAGAUACCCUGUGUGUUCCUGGAGAGAGACGGCCCCUACAACAGCAGGAUUUAGUUAUGGGGCGUGGGAAAUCGCAGCUACAGCCCUGACCUUCCAGGAGGAGGUUGGCAGUGGCCAGUUUGGAGUUGUCCACAUGGGGUACUGGAACAACACGUACAAGGUGGCCAUCAAGAUGAUUCGGGAGGGAGCCAUGUCUGAGGAGGACUUCAUCGAGGAGGCACAGGUCAUGAUGAAGCUGUCCCAUGAGAAGCUGGUGCAACUGUACGGGGUCUGCACCCAGGGCAGCCCCAUCUACCUGGUCUUCGAGUUCAUGGAGUUCGGCUGCCUCUCCGAGUACCUGCAGGCAAAGCGGGCAUCCUUCACCCACCACGCCCUGCUCACCAUGUGCUGGGACGUAUGUGAGGGCAUGCGCUACCUGGAGAGCAACAACUUCAUCCACAGGGACCUGGCAGCCCGCAACUGUCUGAUCGGAGACUCGCUCAUCAUCAAAGUGUCCGACUUUGGAAUGACCAGGUUUGUCCUCGAUGACCAGUACACCAGUUCCUCUGGGUCCAAGUUUCCCGUCAAGUGGUCGGCUCCCGAGGUUUUCCGAUAUUCCAAGUUCAGCAGCAAGUCCGAUGUCUGGUCCUUUGGAGUGCUGAUGUGGGAGGUGUUCUCUGAGGGCAGGAUGCCCUAUGAUGAUUGCAGUAACACGGAGGUCGUGGAAGAGAUCGAGGCCGGCUUCCGGCUUCAGAAACCAAAGCUGGCCUCCAGUCCGGUCUAUCGGCUGAUGGGUCGCUGCUGGCUGGAGAGACCCGAGGACAGGCCUCCGUUUUAUGAUCUGCUGAAUGAUAUCAGCGAGCUUUCUGAGUGCGAGGAACCCUGAGCAGAGUGUGGGACCGCUGUGCUUUCACAUGGAGCGACGCACUCUACACACACGAACACUCCCAAUACUGGGCAACCUUCUUAAAUAUUUAUUUAUUACAUUACUGACAUGAUUUUGUUCUCCUGGGGAACUGGAAUCCUCCGGAGAAGUUGGGCACGUCCUGUGGAAUCUUCAUUGGUGUGGCUGGGUGUAGAUGAAGGAGGAAUCCUGCCUACUACCAACCCACAGGCACAGAAACUCACACCCCUCAACAUGUAUGAUGAGCGUUUGACGGCACUGGGCCUGUACUCGCUGGAGUUCAGAAAGAUGAGGGGGGACCUCAUUGAAACUUACCGAAUAGAGAAAGGCCUGGAUUGAGUGGAUGGGGAGAGGAUGUUUCCACUAGCAGGAAAGUCUAGAACCAAAGGGUACAGCCACAGAAUAAAACCAUGUACCUAUAGAAAGGAGAUGAGGAGGAAUGUAUUUAGCCAGAGGGUGGUGAAUCUGUGGAAUAUAUUGCCAUAGAAGGUUGUGGAGGCCAAGUCAUUGGGUAUUUUUAAGGUGGAGAUGGACAGAUUCUUGAUUAGAAUGGGUGUCAGGGGUUAUGGGGAGAAGGCAGGAAAAUGGGGUUGAGGGGGAUAGAUUAGCCAUGGUCAAAUGGUGGAGCAGACUUGAUGGGCCGAAUGGCCUAAUUCUGCUCCUGUCUUAUGACCUUAUGAACUCAAGGGAACCCCCACCCCUUCACCCUCCCCUUCACCCCCACCCUCUCCCACUCCCCUCCACACUCACCACCCUCAGGAUCAGCUACACAUCCCGAGGUUCCCUGGGACAAUGGGGCCCUGGGUGUCGGUGAGAUGGAACUUGAAACCACCCCUCACCCCUCUUCCUGUCCAUGGAAUCACUCCCUUUCUCUCCCCCUCCCUCCUCUCACCCCACUAUCAUCCAAUCACCCAGUACAGUGGCAGAGCUGCUGCCUUGCAGUGCCAGAGACACCGGGUUGAAAUUGACCCCGGAUGCUGUUUGUGUGGAGUUUGCAUGUUCUCUCUGUGACCAUGUGUGUUUUCUCUGAGUACUCCAGUUUCAUCCCACAUCCCAAAGACUAAUUGGUCGAUUAAUUGGCUUCUGUAAAUUCCCAUUGGUGUGUAGGGAGUGGAUGAGAAAGUGGGAUAACAUGGAGCUAGUGUGAACAGGUGAUCAAUGGUCGGCAUGGACUGGGUGGGCUGAAGGGCCUGUUUCUACACUGUAUCUUUAAACUAAACUAAAUGAAUAAGCACUCAGGACUAUGCUGCUGUGAACAUUCACUCUUAUUGUACAAUGUAAAUAAAAUAAACAAGCUCUCGGAGGUGAAGUGUUAACACGCCGUGUGAACAGAGAAGCUCCUGAUACUGAACUAUUCUCCUGUGAAUUAGUGGGUAUAAUGUAUUAUUGUCACGUGUCCCCACAUAUGGUGAAGAGCUUUGUCUGUGUGUUGUCCAGUUAAAUCAUACCACACAUGAGAACAAUACAACCCACACACAAUACAACAGGUAGUGCAAAAGGGAAAAGACCAGAAUGAAGAAUAUAGUGUUACAGCGUUAUGGUGUUACAGUUACAGUGAAAAUGUCCUAGGUUUGCCAUGAUGUAGGUGGGAGAUGGGAACAAUACCCUCGCUUGUGGAAAGACCGUUCAGACACCUGAUAACGGAGGGGAAGAAGCUGUUCCUGAGUCUGGUGGUGCAUGCACUUUCAAGCUUCUGUACCUUCUGCCGGACGGGAUCGGGGAGAAGAAGGAAUGACUGGGUUGGGUCUGGGACAAGUCUUUGAUUACAGUAUGUUGGCUGCUUUCUCGAGGCAGGGUGAAGUGCAGAUGGACUGGGUUACAUCCACAACUCUGCGAUUUCACACAGACGUGGGUAGAGCAGACUAUCUUGGGCAAAUGCAGACCUCGCUAAUCUGCAGCGGCUAAUUCUGAUGUUUAAAUCUGGAUUAUAUUUUUAAUUUCCAUCCUAUUUUAACACGACAUUUCAGAUUUUAAUGCAGAGGGUGUGCGGAACUGUGAACAGGUUUCCCUGCCCAUCAAUGCAGUUAACUUGAGUGAGUGGGUUUUAGCUAUCGCUGGGGCGAGGACAGGACAGGUUUGGGCAAAGCUGACCCGACUCAGUGACGUCACCGACACUAAGCUGAUCGGCAGUAAAUCCCAGCCUUGCUCCACAAAGUGACCUGCCGUUCAAGGUCACACCAACCAACCCCUGAGGAAGGGUCCCGACCCAAAACAUCACCUAUUCCAUUUCUCCAGAGAUGCUGCACACCCUCUGUUACUCCAGCACUUUGUGUCCUCUUUUGGUAAACCAGCAUCUGCAGUUCCUUGUGUCUCCACCUAUCACUCGCCAAGCUUUGUCCCACUCCUACCCGUCUUCCAGCUUUCACCCCACCCCUCAAUAAAAUCACAUUGAAGGAGGCUCCUGACCCAAAAUGUUACCUAUUCAAUUUUUCCAAGGAUGCUGCCUGACCCUCUGAGUUACUCCAGCACUUUGUGUCUAUCUUUGGUAUAAACUAGAAUCUGCAGUUCUUUGUUUCUCCAUUCUCCCUUCAAUUGACUCCAUCUACACCACGCUGCCACGAGCA